AUGCACUCGGCAGUUCCGCAACAGCUACGCGAGCCUUGGGCAAUGUCGGGUGUACCGCUACAGGGCAUCCCGAUGCGACUGCAGCAGGCACGGCGUACUGGUACCGGCGGCGCGGCAGGCGACCACGCCGGCGAGACAGCAGCAAGGAACUGCUGCGGGGCGAGGAACAGCACUCUGGAAGCCGGACUCCAGGCGUUGGUGGGAGCAAACAUGUCGCUGCAGGCGCAAGACGACGGAUUCGUACCCGUACUUGGCGCUGCCAGACCCUCCAGCACGCGGCUAAGAGCACCGGGUUCCACCCUUCUGCUUCCACCUGAGGCUGAUCUGCUACAGCCGGCAGCCGGCCCUAUCCCAGUCCCAACGCUUUGA